UUCAGACACUUUGGUGGUACAGGUAACGCUAUGGGAAAGACCGCCAUCGUGAUAGACAAUGGUAGUGGCUUUACUCGGGCAGGCUUUGCUGGGGAGGACAAACCCAAGUCAGUCCUGAAGACAACAGCUGUAGCUCCCAGCUGCCCAGCUGUGAUGUGGGAGACUCCAUGGCAUCGCACCACCACUGGCUGUGAGAUGGAAACUGCUGCAGCAUCUGGAAGCCACCCACUCAAGCAUGGCAUUGUUAUUGACUGGGAAGCCAUGGAGAACCUAUGGAGCCAUCUCUUCUUCUGUGGGCUGAGAGUCCCUCCUGAAGAUCACCCUGUGAUCAUGACUGACUCUCCCUCCUGUCCUACCACCAACCGGGAAAAGAUGGCAGAGGUGCUUUUUGAGGCCUUUGGCACCCCAGCUUUGUAUGUGGCUAACACAGGGCUUCUUUCCCUCUGCUCACAUGGCAGGGUCACAGGCCUUGCUGUGGAAGCUGGGGCUGGGGUGUCUCACAGCACUUCUAUCUGUGCUGGGCAAACCUGCAGGGAUGCCACCUAUCGUUUAGAUGUGGCUGGGUGCUUCCUUUCCAAACACAUGCACAACCUGCUGCUAAAGAGCUCCAAUAACCCACAGGUCCUCAAUGCCUUGGAGAAGAAGACAGUAACCCAGAUGAAGAAGCAGUGCUGCUACGUGUCUAUGGACUAUGAAAGAGACCUCCAAGAUGAAGUGCAGCAGCAUCCUAUCAGCUGCAAGACUCCUGAUGGCCACUGGAUAACCUUGACUAAGGAACGGUUCUGUUGCCCAGAGCCACUUUUUCAGCCAAAGCUGCUGGACCAAAAUUCUCCAGGUCUUCAUCUCCUUGCCUUCCAGAGCCUCCAGAAGAUGCCGGAUGAGUACAAGGAGGACAUGCUCAGUAACAUUGUGUUAUCAGGGGGCUCGUCAAUGUUCCCAGGCUUCCAUGACAGGAUGUGCUCUGAGCUGGAGGUGUUGUUCCAUGGCAGAGGUUACCAGAUUAAAAUUCUGGCAAACCCAGAAAGGAGUCUGGCAGCCUGGGCUGGAGGAUCCAUGGUAGCUUCACACAAAUCUUUCCAGCACAGGUGGAUGACAAAGAGCGAGUACCAGGAACAUGGGGCAGAGCAUGUGCACAAGAAAUUCAAUUAG